UUUCCUCUCGAAGUGAUAAUUUCUAGUGAGAGAAAAUCUAGAGAGACGGUGCUACUUGAAGGCCAAAUCCUAUACAAUCCAACUAGUCAAAUGGAAUCUUGAUCUUCUCUUCGAACAAUCUUCACAAUCUCUUCUUGCCGUCAUUUCCAUGGAAAUGCCUGGCCGCCGGUCGACGAACUACACUCUUCUCAGCCAAACUCCCGACGACUAUCCUCACCCGACGCCGCCGCCGACGACGACGCAGUUUGCUGCUUCAUACAUGGAACCUCUAUCUGGAGAUAACAAUAAAGGUAAUAAAUCGGAGAAAGUUUUUGAUUGGGAUUUAAUUCAGCAUCCUCCAGGUAGAACAGGAACAGGAGGGAUCGGUUUACAGAGGCAGUCAAGUGGUAGCAGUUUCGGUGGGAGUUCAAUCUCCGGAGAAGGUUAUAUGCCGUCAGCUGCGGCAAGCGAUCCUGAUUUUUACAGUCAUGUACAGGACGAUUCGUUUAAGGUUAGCGCCGGAGGAGGAUCAGAAUUUAUUUCUAAGUCGUCCGAGACUAGGUUAGGAGGAUCGUCUUCUUCGAGAACUUGGGCUCAGCAAACGGAGGAAAGUUAUCAGUUACAGCUGGCUUUGGCACUUCGUUUAUCAUCUGAAGCUUCUUGCGCUGACGAUCCGAAUUUCCUGGAUCCAGUUUCUGACGAAUUUGAAUCUCGAUCAUUUACUCUAUCUGGCUCACUUGAGCUCAUCUCUCAUCGGUUUUGGGUCAGUGGACGCUUAUCAUAUUCUGACAAAAUUCCGGAUGGGUUUUAUUCAAUUCAUGGCAUGGACUCGUAUGUUUGGGUCAUGUGCAAUGACCUCCAAGAAAGUGGACGUAUUCCAUCACUUAAUAUGCUCAAAGCUGUUGAUCCCAGCAUAGAUUCUUGUGUCGAGGCGAUAUUGGUGGAUAAACAUUCUGAUCACAGCUUAAAGGAAUUGCAGAUCAGAAUUCAUAAUGAUUCCCGCUGUUGCACGAAUACGGUUGAAAUAGUUGACCACCUAGCAAAAAUGGUUUGCGAGCGUAUGGGGGGAGUAGCUUCUACUGGAGAAGACGCCCUUAUUCCUUUAUGGAAGGAAGCUACUGAUGAACUCAAGGAUUGUUUACGAUCUGUUGUGCUUCCUAUUGGUACCCUUUCUGUUGGUCUCUGCAGACACAGAUCAUUGCUUUUUAAAGUUUUAGCUGAUGCAAUUGAUUUACCCUGCCGUAUUGUCAAGGGAUGCAAAUAUUGCAAGAAUGAGAAUGCUUCCUCCUGUCUAGUCCGCUUUGGCCUGGAGAGGGAGUAUCUGGUUGACUUAAUUGGGCAACCUGGGUAUUUAUGUGCACCAGAUUCCUUGUUAAAUGGCCCAUCUUCCAUUUCAAUUUAUUCCCCAUUGUGCUUCCCACGAUUUAGGCAAGUUGAAUCUGCAAUUGAUUUUGGAUCACAAGCCAAACAAUACUUUUCUGACUGCGAAGUCCUUAAUCUUGUAUUUGAUGAUUCACCCCCAGAGGAUAUUAUUGGUGAUUCUGCUGGAGACUUGAUGCUUGGCAAACAACUCGAUGGGUUAGAUAGACGUAGGAAUAUGCUUGCUCUUCCUCAACCACAGGUCACCCGGAAUAGUACUAGUGCUGGAGAUUUGUUACAUUUUGAAAGCUGUAGUGCUCAAGGUACUAUGAGCACGAUAAAUACAUCAGCAGAGUUGGCUGCUCAAAAUCAUUUUCGUCAUGAUAUGUCCAGUCUGGAGGGAAAAAGAAUAGAAAAUUCAAGGUUUCAUCAGCAAGAUCAGAGCAUGAAGCCAAGUGCAGAGCUUAUCCCUGAUAUUGAUCAUUUUGAUAUUCCAUGGAGUGAUAUCAUUUUAAAGGAGAAAAUAGGAGCAGGUUCAUUUGGUACUGUUUACCGUGGCUACUGGCAUGACUGUGAAGUUGCUGUAAAGAUCCUUAUGGAAAAAGACUUUCAUCCUGAACUAUUCGGAGAAUUUCUAAGGGAGGUUGCGAUCAUGAAACGCCUCCGCCAUCCAAAUAUCGUUCUUUUCAUGGGCGCCGUCACAGAACCCCCAAAUUUUUCCAUAGUCACAGAAUACUUAUCAAGAGGCAGUCUGUAUAAACUGUUGCACAGACCUGGUGCAAGAGACGUUUUGGAUGAGCGGCGUAGAUUGACUAUGGCUUAUGAUGUGGCAAAGGGAAUGAAUUAUCUUCAUCGGCGCAGUCCUCCAAUUGUUCAUCGUGACUUGAAAUCUCCAAAUCUCUUGGUGGACAAGAAGUACACUGUCAAGGUCUGUGAUUUUGGUCUUUCGCGUUUAAAAGCAAAUACAUUUCUUUCAUCAAAGUCGGCGGCUGGAACACCUGAAUGGAUGGCACCAGAAGUUUUGCGUGAUGAACCAUCGAAUGAGAAAUCAGAUGUAUACAGCUUCGGUGUGAUACUGUGGGAGCUUGCUACAUUGCAACAACCUUGGGGGAAUCUAAAUCCUGCUCAGGUUGUGGCUGCUGUUGGUUUUAAAAGCAGAAGACUUGAAAUCCCACGCGAUUUGAAUCAUCAAGUAGCUGUCUUAAUUGAGGCUUGUUGGUCCAAUGAACCCUGGAAAAGACCUUCUUUUGCUAGCAUCAUGGAAAUACUAACGCCGUUGAUCAAACCACCGACAUCCCUACCAGUUCAUGCAACAGAUAUGUUAUCACCUACAUGACGUCGUAUUGGAAGUUCUACAUAUGCAAAUGUGUCAAAUAGUCCACAGGGUUCGAGUGUACAUAUAUUUCGUGUCGUCUUAAAGAAUACCACUGAUUCUUUCUGCAACCCAAAUAGAUUGGUUAAGGUUAUCCCAAACCAAUCCAAACCUGCUUAAUCAAAAAUUUCUGGCAGAAUAUUCAUGUAAGCUUGUAAGUAAUCUGAAAUUUCAGUUUAUGAAACGAAUGAAUUUAUUUUGUAUACUAUUAUAGAAUGAAUAUUUUCCCCAAUUCAACAACUGUUAUCACCUAAGGGGCGUAUGUGUCUAAACUCAGUUCAAUGUACUUGAUCCUUUUGUAGUACUAUACUACUAUUACUAUCUAUAAAUGAUGUUCAUCA